CUUUCACGGCAUGUCCCCUCAUCCACCUGGAUACUGGUCUAUAGUACAAAUCAACAUGGUAUGAGCCUGAAUAUGCUCUAUCAUAGGCUGAGAGACGUGGAAACUCCUGUUCUGUUGGUAGUAAAGGAUCAAGAGGGAUUUGUAAGUGAGCUCUAUUUAUAUAGUAUCGCCUGGAACCGAUUUUCGUGUCAAUCAUAACUAUGACAAAAUUUUCAAAUCUGAUUGCCUAUCAACUGACGGUGUAAUAGAACAGUACUGCCUAAGUAAUUGGACAGUACGCGCCAUCGCGCGCGCGCACUUAAAUAGCUUUGUUUUCACUGCUAGCAGAAAACUAUCGGAAUUUCUUGUGAUUAAACAAAUCGGACUACGGCGUUAAUCACAUAUGUGAUUUCAGAACGAAUCACAGGAAAAAAUAACGGAUUCCCAUUUUUGGAUAUUUUAGGGUAUUUAAAGAAUACCCACAAAAAUCCCAAAUUUGGAAGAGUGAGACAAGUCCCAAUCAGGUAACUUGGUUGGGUAUUCCCUGGUUGGGACUUGUCUCACUUUGCCAAAUUUGGGAUUUUUAUGGGUAUUCUUUAAAUACCCUAAAAUAUCCAAAAAUGGGAAUCCGUUAUUUUUUCCUGUGAAUUGGACUCCAUUUAGUCCUAUUACCUUUAUUAAUUAAUAUACAAUAGCAUUUAGGAGUUUUUUCGAUCACUCUUUCCGAAUUUCCAAUACUUUUUCUUUUUGUUGGUCUCUCUUCCUCAAGCUAUAAUUAUACCAGAGCAGAAAUGUUUCCGGAUUUAUUACAUUUAGCUAUAGGGUAUUCUGACUCGUAGGCGUUUAGACAAACACAGCUUAUUGGAAAACAAUAAUUUCAUAUUUUUGAGCACGCAACCAAACUCGGAUGUUUGUAUUUCGGGUUCAGGCAGUCCAACUAGCAUAGACCUAGCUUCAAGCCUUAUGUAUGUAUCCCUGACCUAUUUGACGAAAUCGCUGUUAUGUUUCGCCUUCUUCGAACGAUUUCUGUCAGUCCUACACAACAUUUACAUCAUAGGUAACUUUCCAGAAAAGUGAAAAGAUCGCAAGAUAUACAGAUAGUGGGUCCCUCCACCACAAACGUACACGGUUAAUUUCGGGCGUCUAUAUUUCCAGUAUCAUACAUUUUGAAAGUGAAAUCCAGUUCUUUUUGUUAACAUUUGUUUAUUAGGUGUUUGUUGUAUUUUCUCCAAUUUCUCCUCGGAUGGACGCUAGUUUCUGUAGGUUUGGAAAAUCAUAUUUCUUCACCUGUAGACCACAGUUCAAGGUAAGCUUAGCGAUAAGACCGAAAACUAUACAUAUUGUCCAGUGUUUCAUCUCAGUGGUGGACGAUCAGCCCUUUCUACCAGGCGUUUUUUCUUCACCCACACACGAGAAGCAGUAUACAGGACGCUUGUCAAUGAAUCUAGUGACCGACUUAGCUCUCAAACGACUUCUCCCAUAAAGUAAAUUUGUGGUAUGGUUUUUGAGGGCUCAGACGUUUUCCUUGUCCCAUUCCUUUUCCAAAUUGCUCUUUUUUUCUGCAUCACUGUAACUCUUUAGAAACAGGCGAUAUUUAUUAGCUCUAUGUAGGGGAAUCCAAGACAGUCUCGAUUUCUGGAUUUCGGCUUCUUUGUCAAUGGAACUUGGAUUCCGGAUUUCAAUGGUUAGUACCAUUCCGGUUUCCUUGAGCUGUAUUAUGGAUUCCAAAACCCAGGAUUCCAGAUUCCACCAGAAAAAAUUCCCGAAUUCCGGAUUCCAGAAGGAAACAUUUCGCUGAUUCCGGAAUCCGGAUUUCCUUACCUGGUCGAAAAGUUAUGUUCAUUAUCGGGGCGCACGUAGUCUUACCCUAGGUUCCAGAGGAUACUUUUUUGUUAUCGAUACAAAUGUUUCGCGGCGAAGCCGUGUCAACAAGGCGCGAGGCGCCGAGAGACGAGCGCCAAAAGAAACGUCAACGAGCUCCAAAAGAAACAAAAAGUCCGUCUCGGGAGCCUUAUUAAACCGUAAGCACGGUUUAUUUCAUCUUAGGUAUUUAAAGGACGGACUUCUUGAGCCAGGGUAACGUAACCUCACAAUAUCACAUGUAAUUAGAGAUACAGGUAACUACAUUGGCUUGAUUCUUUUUGUAGAUUUAUCCAUGCCGUGGAAGAAAUUCUUACUACAUGACAGGAGAUGCAAAUGGACUUGCCUUCGGAAGCAGUGAGUAAGUGUUUUCUUUUCGGUGUUUUUAUAUUUAAUGGCAUCCUUCCUUUCCGGGUGUUGACGAACAAUACGUAUACUAUACUAUUUUGUUUAUGAAUUUAAUAAUGAUUAGUAAAGUACAUCAAUGAAAUAAAACUUAUUUUAAUCGACAAAGCAAUGAUCUUCAGUCUCUAGUUGAGUUAUGUGUUGCUCAACCGAGUCGUUCGCAGGUCACGGGUAGGAAAGAACCCUGGAAACGAGUUUGUGUGUUGAUAAGUUCAUGUCUUUGAUAUCAAAACCCUUCUUCGUUUGACUAUGUUCAUUUUUUUUUGGUAAAACUGCCGAAACCUCAACCUGCCUUUGUUCUUUGGGCCCUUAAGCUGGUCCAAGUUUCCGCCCACAUUGCUAGAUGCAACAUUUGGAUCUGUCCUUUGAUUUUAUUUCAGCUUUACAUGACUUCGAAGAACUUUUAGGACCAACAUCCCGUUCUAUUAUGAGAGUAGAAGUACCUUUAUUUACCAUACAUUCAUUUGUAUACACAUAACCUAUUACAUCACUACAAGGCAGGGGAUCAAGCAAGCUCUGUAGAGCUUUUAGACAAUCUCCGCCUUAUUCAAAGCAGAUGUAAAGAAUAAAUACCAUGUUGUGUCAUUUUAGAAAAAACAUGAUGGGUCUGUUCACUCGACGAAGAUGUCUGAGUAAUUUCAACAUGAAACAUAAGUCUAAAUUUCUCGAAAUUUUUUCUGAGAUCAUAGGACUGAUUAACAAAAUCGCGGGAGUCCAAUUUGUUUAAUCAUGGGUAUGAUUACAGACCGAAUUGGACGAUACGAAUCGAAGUUCUGUUACAGUUUUAUCAUAAUCAUUACAAUUUUCGAGAAAAACAACUGCAUUUUUGUUUUUGUGAAAGAGCUUUUAAUACCAAUAAUCCACAAUUAGGGAAUUAUCAAAGAGACAUUGUGUAAUGUUACAAAUUCGUCCAUUUUUGCUUUGGUUAUAGUGAUAAAUUCUGCGCUUAAAGGUGUCCGAUUAAUUACAAUCAACUGUCCGAUUACAACCCUACACAAUGAUUGGUGAAAAAUAAAGCAGUCAACGCACCAAUCAAAUUUGAGGAAAUUGUGACGAUUAUGAUUAAUAGUGGAAUUCUCUUUUUGAUCGGGCUGCUCUAGCCAGCCAAAACUGACAAAUAGUAAGCACCCCUAGUAUGCUGACGCGAGGACACAAAGAACGGCUGCGUUGAAGACUAUGAAGUACUUUGGUCACUAUUAAAUUUUUGUUAAUUUUCAGGGGAAAUUUUCGGCUUUGGUUAGACAGUGAUCUGUAUCAUGGUAGAAGCACUGCCUGCGAAACUUAUGACAGCGAGAUGCUUUCCGCCACCGAGGAUUUCAUUUGUCUUGGCGUUGAAGUCUGGACUUUUGGCUAG